UGGGGAUGACAAACAAUUUUAAAGACGGGAAAUGUAUUUUACUCAUAUAGAUAAUCUUAUAUAAAAAUAGGUUUAUAUAUCCUGGUGCUCUUGCCAUGGCUGGUGCAUCGCUCCUCUCCCCAUCCUGCACGCUCCUCCGCCUGAUUCCCAGCGCGUCGCACUUCAAGAGAUUCGAUCGGGUUCGCCGGUUCGCGCCCGCCGCCAUGGCGACUUCCUCAGGACCAAAGGAGGCGCCAGCGAAUAACCCUGGGCUCCAGACCGAGGUCGACCCCGCCACCAAAGGCUACUUCUUGCAACAAACGAUGUUACGUGUGAAGGACCCAAAAGUGAGCCUUGACUUCUACUCACGUGUGAUGGGCAUGUCAAAUCAGCAAGCUGCGCUUCCGAAGGCACAUAUUGAAGAUCAAUGGUCUUCUGAUGACAAUGAGACCAAGUGGAUGAUACAUCAACACCAAUGUGUUCUGUUGCUGAAAAGGUUGGAUUUUGAAGAGAUGAAAUUCAGUUUGUAUUUUCUAGGUUACGAGGAUGUGACCUUAGCCCCUGAUGAUCAUAUCAAGCGGACUGAAUGGACUUUUAGGCAAAAAGCUACUCUUGAGCUCACCCACAACUGGGGCACGGAAAAUGACCCUGAAUUCAAAGGUUACCAUAAUGGGAACUCAGACCCUCGUGGUUUUGGUCAUAUAGGAGUAACUGUGGAUGAUGUCCACAAGGCAUGUGAACGCUUUGAACGUCUUGGGGUUGAGUUUGUGAAGAAACCUGAUGAUGGAAAAAUCAAAGGCAUCGCUUUCAUCAAAGAUCCUGAUGGUUACUGGAUCGAAAUAUUUGACCAGACGAUUGGGACGGUAACUUCUUCAGCAUCAUGAUGAACAGUAGUGGUUCCUUAUAUGGUGCGCAAGAUCAUACAACUCUGGCAUAAGAGCUUUUCAUAUGUGUGUCUGGGGUCUGGACUCGGAUUAAGGGCUGGAAUCUGUUUACUUCUAGCAUCUUCUUGCUUUAAUAAUAUGCGAACUAUGUUGAGGAAUGAAAUAAAAUAAGUUCGGGUAAAAAUUCAAGUUUCUGUUGUCCUGA